AUGUCAACUACGAUCGAUAAAGAGAAUUAUAUAGAUUCAUUGAUUUUUAAACAUGUAGAUGCGUCAGAUGUUGAAAGAGCAUUUCAAUUAGAGUCUGAAGGAUAUCCGCCCGAAGAAGCGGCAUCAUUAGAAACCUUACAAUAUCGACAAAAAUUGAUUGGAUUUAUUGUAUCGACAUCAACGUUAUCGAAAUCAUUAACUCAUGAAUCUAUGUCUUUACACGAACAGGAGGGUAAAACUGUUUGUAUACACUCCGUUUGCGUAGAUAAAAAAUAUAGAAGAGGUGGCGUAGCUACUAAAUUAUUAAAAGAAUAUAUAAGUUCAUUGAAAGGAUCUGGUGAUGUUGGCGAAGAUGUAAAAUAUGAGAGGUGUGCUUUACUAGCUCAUGAAUAUCUAAUUCCUUUAUAUCGAAAUGUUGGAUUUAAAUUAAUGGGGGAAAGUCAAGUCAUUCAUGGGCCCGAGAAAUGGUUUGAUCUAGUUAUGGAGUUUUAA